AUGGAGCAGAGGCAGAAUUUGAACGCGGUCCUGGGGUUGUCGACCAAGAACGGCCCGCUGGCGCAGAUAUGGCUGGCGUCCAACAUGGGGAAUCUGACCAGAAACACAGUUUUGCAGACCAAUAUCGCGGACACCGCCGAGGAAGUCGCUAAAGUCACUGGGUGUGCCGAAGACGGUUCGCAGUACCCAGUGGAGCAUAUUACACUGAGGACGUCGGGUGAGCUGCUGCACGGUAUAGUGAGGGUCUACUCUAAGCAAGCGGCGUUCUUGCUUACCGACAUUAAGGACACACUGACGAAGAUCAGCUCUUUGUUCAGGACAAACCAGAGGCUGGGUGCCACCAUCUCCAAGUACAGCACGAUCACAAGACUCGAGUUUCUGGUGCUGGAUGACACAGUUACCGAGAGGGAUGUGCUAUCUGUGCCUAGCUUAGAUUUUCUAAAUGAAACCAGCAGCCUCAGAAAUCACUCAAUAAUGAACGACUCCAUGGACAGGAGGAUGACAGGCGCAAAGAGUUACGACUUAUCGAUAGAAGUUGGUAGAAGAUUUGCUGGAGAUGAAGAACUGCAAUAUAAUGAGGACUCUACCCUUAACUUGGAUUUCGAUCUAGGGCAUCCUAAUGAUUCCAAGGCUCCACUCUCUAGCUCGAAGAGUUGGGACGAGGGCACGAGACAAAGUGGCGAUGUUACUGCUCAAUCAAACUACAUAAAUAUGGAGGACGACGAGUUCCUAGCCGAAGGUGAACCAGAAGAACUUCACCUUGACCUGGGACUUGACACAGCAGAUGCUGACAGAUCGAUUGAAUUGGGUAGAAGAGCUGAACCAGUUGAAGAUGCGCAUGAAACCACUGAUUUUGGAUUCGAUCUUGACAUUGGCAAGGAUCCAAUUAAUAUGGAAGAAGACAACGAAUCAGCAGAAGAAUUAGAACUUGAAGGACUUCAGGCAGACAAUGAGCCUUUGAGAAAGGCUGCCUCAAGUAAGAACCCUUCAUUAGUAAACACUCAUCCACUGCAAACCGACAGGGAAACUGAACUAUCUGAUGAAGUCAUUAAAUCCAAUCCUGAUAGAAACCUUGUUGAGACAGGUAAUCUCCAGACUAGGUCAAAUGAAGAGAAGCUAACGGCAAAGAGAUUGUGGUCCGAAAUGGCGCAAUCCAUGGCUUAUCUACCUCAUUCAAUCUUUAAUGAUUUUAUGAAACUACAACCUUCCAAGAAGCAGAGAACCGAGGAUGACAAUCAGGGUGAUGUCACGCCCGAGAUGGACAUUUCACUCGGUAUGAAUGACGACUUGAUUAGCGACAAUGAUGCUGAAGUGCCUAUGGACCACGAAAUUAAUGAGCCUGAUCUUGAGAUUGCUGGUAAUAUUGGGGAGCUUCCAGAACAAACAUCAACACAAAAUGCUGAAGGUACGCUGGAUGUUAUGCAAACACAGACUAGUAGCAGUUACAGUAGCGUAUCAUCCGUGGAAAGUGUGACUCAGAAGUUGGCUUCCAUUGCCACAGCUACAACAGCCAAAAUUCUUAAAGAGACGGUUACGGACGGUCAAUCAGAUUUUUCCACUCUUCUCCAAGAAUAUCACAAGCAUGAAGAAGGUGAUCAGGAACCAGUCACAAGAAAAGAUGCAAGCGCGGUAUUCUUCAGUAUGUUGUCUUUGGCAUCUGCGGACUGUGUAGAUCUACAACAAGAGGAAGCAUACGGUGAGAUUAAUAUCAUUACUAAGGACAAUCUAUUCCAAGACGGAAUCACUGCAUAA